GUAUGCAACCUGAAGAUAGCACAACAGUGAGGUUGGAAAACUUUGAUCACCCUGGCAGGAGACUUAAUUUAAUGUUCUUCUCGUGGGCUGCCGACUCGACUUGCCGCUGACUUUUUGUCCUGUUUUGUUUUAGUUUUGCGUCGUGACGCAAACACUGAAUUUCAAUUACCGGCUGCAAGCGUCCAGGAGUGCACAGAAAAAAUAAAUAUUUUUCCAAAGAUUAUUUAGCUUAAAUAAAAUCAUAUUAAUGCAUAUGUUACGUUUUGAUGCUGUUAUUAAUAUAUUAAAGCUGUUUUCGAAUUUAAUAAGUUAGCAUACUAACAUGUAGACUCUGUGCGUUUAAGUACAAGUGCUUAAUCCAGAACUGAUAAGAAAGCGAAAAUAUUGUUUCAUUUCCAGAAUUUAAUGAAGAAAUGUUAAAACUUUAAUGUUAUCAAUUCCAUGAAAAGUCCGUAAUCAGUUGCUUUUACUGACCCAGAGAGUUCUCAGAAUCCCUGCACAAUAAUUGUAGAUAGCUUCCCUAUUCAGUGCUGCCUAUAAAAGAAGAGUUGUCCAUGAACAUACAUUAGUUCACCAUCCCAUCUCAAGUAAAGAAAGUGAAGAUGUAUUUUGCCAUCCGCCUAAGCUUUGUCCUGGCUGUGCUCUUCUGCCUUACGGGAAACGGAAAUGCUAGAAUGCUGGGUGCAGAUUUCAACAGGCUCCAGCAACUUCAGCGUCGAAGUCACCAAUCUAAUGAUGCCAACACCCAGCUGAAAAUCGCAUAUGAAGUCAUCGGAAUUUAUGAUAAGUACAAGGGCCAGAAGGGAUCAGAUUUGUUAAGAGAAGCUCAACUGAAUUCAGAAGUCAAUGAUUUUAAAAGAAAGAAUGUGGUCGUCGAUGGAGUGCCCGCCCAAGGAGGAGGAAUUAAAGAUGCAGUUAAGAAAAUUGCUGAUGAGGUUCCUGAUGAUGUGAAGAAGAAUGCUAAGGAUAUCGCUGUGAAAAUUGCAAAAUCCGUAACUAAAAGUAUAUUUAAAUAUUUUUUAAAUUAGCCAAAAAAGAGUAAAUUGCUAGAAAAUUUCAUAAAUCCACACAGAAAUGAGUCGUAUCUCAAAUGGUCCGGUAAUAAUAAAUAAAUGACGGUGUAAAUAAUCUUUCAGAUAUAUGAAUCUUUAAUAA